AUGCCAGAACAACGAAAUCGUAUCUCGACUCUCAUGGUGUUUCCUCAAGGCAUCUUAGACGCUACCCAUUGUGACCAGGUGCAGGUUGAUUCUGCUUUACCACACUUGAGGCAAUUAUGCUCGAAAUUCAAUGUCUUCUCCACCUAUCUCCGUUCACAUGCACCCUCUGACAUCACCUCACCUUUGAACCUACGCCCAUCAACCAUCUGGACGGCAUUUGAUCACGACUCUCCUCAACAAACUUUAUCACAAGAAAAGAUUGGAUCACGACUUUUUCAAAUUCUAGCCACGGCCGGUUUUCAAUAUUAUCAGGAAGCUGUUUUGGCUAAAAGCGAUGUGGAAAAAUUUAUGGCAUUCAUGGAACCUUUGACGAAAAAGACACGAUCACCAUUAUCGGCAAAUGACGACCUCAAUAUCAAGUUGACGCUGUUGGCGAACUGUGUGACUAAGGCCAAUCAAGCUAUCAAUGAUAACCGUCGGAAUUUGAUCAUCAACAAGCUUUAUUUACGACCUAUCCAAUAUCAAGCUUCAAAUCCGUUUAUCUACGAUAUCUGA